GUAUGUUUGACGUUUGCGCUGUCAUUUGUUCAGUUUUGUUUUUCUUUGCUUUGUUUUGCGUGAUUGUUUGAUUGCGUCAAAAAUAUUUAGAAAUAAUUGUAUUUUGUGUAUUUUAACUAAUCGAAAUCGUGUUAAAAUUUGUGGUGGUUUAGUGUGUGUGUAUAUACAAAGUUAUAAAUAAUGGCUACAGCACCCAGCGAGUUAUCGAUUGCUGAAAUCAGAAACUACAUGCUCAGUAAUGAUUCCAAGGUGACAAAUCAUGCGUUGGUUAAGCAUUUCAAGCACUUUCUCACCAAACCCGAAACCCAAAAUGAGGCGCGCAAAUUGUUCAAAGUUUACGUGAAUAUUUUGUCGACAAUAAGAAAUGAAAAUAAUCAAAAAUACUUAAUAUUACGUAAAAAGUACAUUCAUGAACUGCCAAGUAAUGAUAUUGUUCAGCGUGCACUCGCCACAGCAGGAGCAGAAGCAGUGCCCAGUAGCCCAAGUGGCAUGUCGGUGAUAUCGGAAAAUGCUAUUGUAUCGCCUAUGCGACAGCCACCACCAUACGUGCCACCACCUGAAGUUGCGGUCCCCGACAAAAAUUGUGGUUGUUUGGAUCAAAUAGUUGAAGUGGCCACCAUUGAAACAAGUAAAACAGCCCAAGAAGCCUUGGUAGAGCCUGAAAAGGAUGUGGCAGCAAAGAAAAAUCCUGAAGAAAAUCAUGAAUUGGAAGUUGAAAAGCGUUUAAAAGCUAUUUCCAAAGAGAGUCAUAAAGAGAAUAAGGAAAAUAUACCACGAUUUUCCUUUUCAUCGGAAGGCUCGGCUACUUCACUUAGCAGCAAGUCCAGUAAGGAUACAAUUGAUUCCGAUGUUGAUCCACCCGGCAGCAAUGUCAGCGUCAAAGAGGCUACUCGUAAGUUUAAUCGUUUAGUGUCCGAAGAAGAAGCUAAAGCAGCAGUGGUUUCACCAUCGGGAAAAAAGAAGAUUGAAGAAAAAGACGUGAAGAAGAAUGAAGCUCAAGAAACCCCUGAAGUGACCAUGGCUCAUAAAAAGGCGAAAGAAUGGAUUGUAGCCAUGGCAAGGGCUAACUAUCAAGAUCUGUCCAAACUGGCUACAGAAUAUCCCGAAUUGGUCAAACUACACGAUCCUUUUACGGUAAGUUAGAAUGCAGAAAAAUCAUAUUUUGGAUAUACAUACAAGUGAUCUUGGAGUUCCUUGAAGAGCACUAUUAGUGGUAUUUUCAGGAAUUUUUCACCCAUGUCACAUAUAUAUUUAAUAUAUGGUUUUUGGUAGAUUAAGAUUUUUGAUAGCCGUAGAUUUUUUUCCAACUCGUCGACCUCGACGAAUGAAUUCUGCUGCAACAAUCCAACACUUAAAUUGUAUAUUAAGAAAACUCCCUUGAUAGAACGGAAUCAACCAACUGGUCCUUAAGACAAGAACUAUAGUAGGAAUACUAACAGGUCAUUGUCAAAUAGGAAGACAAGCCGACGACAGGCUAGGGAAAUCACAUAAUGACUGCCAAGGAGUAGAAGAAGAAGAAGAGACUGUUGUACAUCAUCUAUGCGAAUGCAAUGUUAUAAAAGAAUCACAACAAUCAGACACGGUUUUAUCGACGACAUUUUGGAGGUUGCACAAUUGAAUCUUUUUUGAGUUGAUCUACUCCACAAAGGCCACCGAGUGGUUCAGAGAGGACAUUUUAGAGUAAAGGGAUUCUAGUCCAAUAACAAUUUGACAUACAUUUCUUAUAGGAUGAACCUUUAUUUGUAUUAUCUGUACUGAUUACUGCUGGAGCUCUUCUUUAUUUGCGGACUACUGAAGAAACCAAGUGAAGUUCAUAGUCCAUAUCGAUUAGGUUUUAACAACGUGGUGGUUUUAAUCGUUCAUAUGGCAGAUUUAUAUUCGAAAAAUAACUUCUCUGAUUUAAAUUUUAAUCUGCACAAAAUAAGCAUUCUAUAGAUAUUUAAAUAUGUUUCCGCAGAUCUAUACAUUUUAGUUGAAAAACCCAAAUAAUAGAACUAAAUUCGGGAAAUAUAUACUUUUAUACACACAUUGCAUGAUCUUCGUCAAAUAUCGUUUUGUCCAUUUUUAGUUCCAAAGUGCCCACUCUUAUGUUCUAACUGUUGUAGAAAACAAUUUUAUGAAAAUCCAUAAAUAAAUGUCAUCCUAUAAGUGACUAAAAGCUAGUCCUAAUGGCGAAAAUCGACCAAAUUACAUACAAAACUUCAUCGAUUCUUCUCAUUAAAAAUAGCAGUAAUCAUAUUACCAUAUUUUAUAGAAACAAAUUAGCUAGGCUCAUGUCAAUAGAGUCACAACAAAAAUUAUUAUUGAUUUUUAGUUGAAGUGUGGGUACUGAAUCACGCCUUGGGCAUAUUAACUGUAUUUUAACACAUCUGAAUAACUGCUAGGUAGCGGGUAUAACUCACUGUAUAAUUUCUGACAUGACUAGAGUUAUAAAACAUAGUUUAACGACUUAAUAAUGCCACAGCGCGGCAAUGCCAUCACCUGUUGAGCUGCCGAUGGACAGUUGCUGACACGCGUUGACCGGCUUGGCACAAAUACAGCGGCGCUGCACGGUGUGCUGCAAGCUACAAUUACGCCUUUUUCACCUUUCCAGCUGCCCGGUGCGAAUACUUAUCGAUCGCUGCGGCUGACAAAUAAGCGCCUCAACACGCCACUCUACAAUGUCCAUCAACAAUACGAAUUGGCAGGAGGUAGUUAUGAAAGCAAUUAAGGAUAUCGAAUAACGCUCAGAAAAUAUCAAAACCGACGCUAAGAUACGUCUCCAACGAACUGAAGGGUAGACAGUGUGAUCGUACCUAGCAAAGCUCUUGCCCAUGCGCCAACACUUGCCUGUGGUGAGAAUAAAUGAUGACGCACAGCUGCUGAUCAAUAGCACGCGCUUGAAGAGCCAAUAAAUCAUUGUGGCGAUAGCCUGACUGAGGCAUACAAAUUUUGUCAGAAUCCUCCCGAAAAACAACCAUGUUGAAACGAAUAAAAAUUCCAAAGCAAUAACCUCUUGCGAACUCAUUUUGCCAAUUGCCUGUAAGUAACCUAAUUAGUAGUGCUGAGCGAUGCACACCUGCCAACCGCGCAUGCGCGCACUAUAGUACGAACGUUGGUGGACAGGACAACGGCAGGACUCGCGCGCAUAUUAAAACUAGAGCAAAAGCAUACCGAAGGCUAUAGUAUGUGUACAAAAAAAUAUUGGGCGUUUGCUCAUUAAAUAUUCGCAUUCGUAACCGUUCAUUGUCAACUCAUAAGUAUGUCAAUAAAAAGAAUUUCAAAAUAAUGAUACUAACAAGCAUGAUUAAAGUAAACAAGCGCAAUUGUCGUUUAAAUGACAAGUUUUGACAACUUGUAAAAUGACAUGGCCGCGAGCUGUCUAUCGACGCGAGAUCGCCGCGUAGCUUUGAAAGGACGCGCCUACGAACAAACGUGCAAACCCGACGACAACGAAGCGCUCACAUUAUAAAUACGAAGUAAAGAACUUUUGCGUCAGUGUUGCAAGCAUACUGCCUAUAUUUAGGACCCCUUCGCUGCACAAUUGCUCGACUAAAAUUAAUAAUCCGCGUAAUUUGGUGAUUUUGAGCCGCGCAAACACCGAACACACUCACGCAGCGGCUCUGCGAAGUGACCUUUUGUGCGGUCGCCGUCGCUGCGCGUGCAUUUGUUUUGCGCUUAAUAUGUCAUUUAGAUCGUUUGUCGACGAUAAGCACGUCAGCCGUCUGACGGAUUGUUUUGGCUGAUGGUUUGACGUGGUUUUGAUGUUGUUAGCCGGUCGUUAGCUUUACUCGGCUCGGUUUCACUAUUCACUUUUACUUGUUUCUGUCUUGUUUUCAAGUUUUUUCCUUUUUUUCCUGCUGCUUGAUAACUGCCGCUCAUGAAUUGGCCUAAAUUACAAGUAUUAUUUUGGGAAUAGUGUGUUGAAUGCUCAAAUUGUUUUACCCUCGUUCCCUUUUGUGGGGAGAGGGCGUUGCGGUGUCAAUGCGAAACGGAAAUGUAAUUUCUAAUCAAUUAAGUCUUAUCGCGUCAAUAAAUAGAAAAUAAUUGCUCCACAUAUAGGUGACAAUGGCUUAUGGGGGUGGCUUGCUAUUUAGCUGUAAAUGAUAGCUUAGAAGAAAGGUCAAUGCAGAGAGUAUGUGUUAGCGGCAAAAAGUGCCUUGGGAAUGUGCACAAUUUUGACAUGAAAUUAUGAUUUCGAUCUUCAAAUGCCACAAUAAGUACGAGUUAUUAUUACUAUUAGCUGGUAUAAUGACUAAAGCAGUUGUUAAUAAUAAAUCUGUGAAAAUAUGUAUGCAGUUGUGAUUGCGCUGAUAAGAUUGCUGUCGAGUUCUAACGAGCUACAGGAAUAAGAACAGGUGUUGUCAUAUUUUAGGUCAUUAAGGAUCUGUAUAAAUAUUCGUUUAUAAAUAUAAACAUGAAGGUUUACAUACAAGCAUACUUUGUAAAUAAUUAGUGUCUAGUAGCAGUUUAGUUCUAAAUUAUUUGACCUAAAACCAGUUGAUGACCAGAGUAUACUGUGUUUGUGGAGGGAACACUUCUCCAGCCUGCUGAAUGGCAGUGAAAGUACAACACCAGGAGAUGGCGAACCCGAUUCCCCAAUCGACGACGAUGGAACAGAUGUUCCAUUGCCCGACCGUGAAGAAAUUAGAAUAGCAAUUACCCGC